AUGUUCGAGUUCGUCGUCGUCCUCAAUGGCGACCCACACGUCAUCCAGUGGCUGCUAGACAAGUUCGUCGCCGGCAACGAGCCGGCCGCGCUGCAUCUGCGGGAGGCUGGCUGCGACUGCUGCCGGUGGCCGGUGGACGUGCUCUUCGACGGGUGCAGCAAGAAGUACCUCCACACCAGCCGGGAGAAGUUCGCGCGCUACCACGACCCCCAAGCCGGCUGCGUGCUCACAUUCUCCUACCUAGGAGACGGAGAUAUUAGCGUGAAGGUGUUCGACGGCACGUCCUGCCGCCGGCACUACCACGGCGACGACAAAGAGGAGGACGAUUGA